AUGCCUCAAUCUAACCUUGGCUCCGGUAUCGCAGUUGCCGCCUUUGUUGCGGUGACGUAUGAUUUGUCGCUCACAUUCGGACAAGAGGUCGAACUCAUCUGGAGACAACGGUGGUCGCUCAUGACAGUUAUGUACCUCAGUGCACGCUAUCUUGGAAUCUUAUAUGCUGCCAUGGCUAUCCCGGUUAAUGUUCCGACCAUCUCGCUGACAGAUACAGUGACAGUGGGUUUUGUUCUUUACUACCAACUUCUUGGUUCGCUCAUAACUGCCACACUAUACUGCCACAGAUGCUUCAUUAUAUCCAUCGUACAGAAUUGGAUGGGUGUGUUGGUGUUUGCACUGCUGUGGGUCAUCAUCAUCGCUCGGUUGCAUGCCAUGUAUCAACAAUCCAGAAAGAUCCUGAUAUUUCUCGUUGUCACCUUCCUGGCAAUCAACACUUUUGACGGAGUGACAGCCUUAAUGUCAACGAUGCAUACUUCAGGAGAGGAACUCAUUCUCUCCGGCACUUACCAGUGCAGGAUUAAUAUAGGAGAUAUCUUAGUUCUGGAUUCUGCUGCUUGGAUAGUCUCCAUUGUGUGGGAGGUCCUCACACUAUGUCUCGCAGUCUGGAUUGCGGUAAAACGCUUCCGUGAACUGCGAUUACAUGCGGCAGGAGGGAUUAUCGGGGACUGUUUUACGGUGUUGAUGAAAACUCACGUGGUUUACUUUGCGAGCUUUGUUGCUGUCUCUUGCUCUAACCUCAUUAUUAUAUUCUCUCCAACAUCAUCAACGAGCCUAUAUGUCGUAGAAGACCUGACUUUGUAUGGCUUGUUGCAGAUUUUGGAUGUCAUGCAGAUUUUCGUGCUAGGACCAUGGCUGAUCCUUGGCAUUCGAGAAUAUAAUGCUAAACUCGUGGCUGACUCCGACGCAGCAACCGGCAUGACCUCAAUCGCUUUCCAAGAGCGCGUGCAUGUAUCGACUAGCAGUAGUGUGUAA